AAAUCCGACGUUUUGGAUUGGUUGCUUUAUUCCUUGAUUAAUAAUUGAACUUUUCCAUUUAUAUAUAUACCUGCUUUCCUUGAAUUGUUUAUCUGACAUUGUAUUUUCUCCAUUAAAGUUGCAAGAGGCUCAAGACCUACAAGGUUGACUUAAAUGGAACCAUUGCUUACCAAUAUGCAUAAGCUCAAAACAUUUGUUAUCGAUGAAGGUCACGGUGUGAAGGGUCUAUCAGACCUCAAAAUCAACACUUUACCGGAGUUAUUCAUUCAACCUCUUGAAAAACGGUUUGAUAUGAGCAAAGUGUUAUCUGAGGAGUUGAUCCCAAUCAUUGACAUGUCGAAUUCUGAAGAUCCUGAGGUAAUGAAAUUGAUUUGUGAUGCAGCGGAGAACCAUGGUUUCUUCCAAGUUGUUAACCAUGGAAUACCUCUAAGCAUGAUGGAGGAUGUGAAAGAUUCAGCACAUAAGUUUUUCGGAUUGUCUGUUGAAGAGAAAACGAAGUAUCUAUUCAAGGAUGGAACUACGAAAAAUGUUGAGUACCUUAGGAGUUUUACACCCGAAGUAGAUAAGGUUUUGGAUUGGAAAGAUCAUUUAGGUUGUGCAUAUGUGUCUGACGAUGAAGCCAUUGAAUUUUGGCCCCACGUUUGUCGGUAUCAACUUCUGGAAUACAUGAACAAAUCCGAAUCACUUAUCAAGAGGCUAUUAUCGGUGCUAAUAAAGAGAUUAGGUAUACCAAAACUUGACAAAACAAAUCAACAACUUUUUAUGGGCUUAAGGAGAAUAACCUUAAACUACUAUCCCAUAUGUCCUCAACCUGAGCUUGCAACUGGCGUUGGUAGUCAUUCGGAUUUUUCAACCAUAACUGUCCUGCUUCAAGAUGAAGUUGGGGGUCUUUAUGUUCGAAAAUUUGAGACUGACAAUUGGAUCCAUGUCCCUCCUAUAAAGGGAUCUUUGACUGUAAACGUCGGUGAUGCUCUUCAAAUCAUGAGUAAUGGUCGAUACAAGAGUGUAGAACAUCGUGUGGUUGCUAAUGGACACAAUGAUCGGAUAUCAGUGCCAAUUUUUGUGAACCCAAGUCUAAGUGAAGUCAUUGGCCCAUUGCCACAAGUGAUCAAGAGAGGGGAGAAGGCUUUGUAUAAGCAAGUUUUGUAUUCGGAUUAUGUGAAUCAUUUUUUUAGCAAAGCAUAUAACGGGAAGGAUGCUAUAGAUUUUGCAAAGGGUAUCUGAAUUUAGAAGUGGAUUAAGGAAGUGAUAUUGAAAUUGGAUGUCAAAAUACUUGAUUAAACACUAAGUGUAUUGGAAGUCGAUGAUGAAAUAAAAGCAAAUAUUGCCAUCUAUCAAAA